AUGCAGUCCCCAAAACAGCCCAACGAGGUGACUGCCAAUAAAAUCUCCCGACCCGUGACGCCACUGCAACAAACAUCGAAGGAAUGGGAACUCGGAAAUGUCCCCGUUGCUCCUGGCUUCCACAAAGCCGAUGAAGAUGAACAACUCGAUGUUCUGGCCAUCCCUCAAAUCCAAAUAACAGACACGGAUCUCAAUAUCACCUAUCCCUUCAACCCAUGUUUACCAAAGCUUUCCCAAUGGCUUUCGCAUCAAAAUACCCUAUCACACCCAAGGCCCCGAGAACUUUUAUUGGCAUUUUCGCCGAAAAAAAAACCCUCGCAAAGUCGGCUCUCCGAUUCAUCAACUUACGGUAGCGCAUCAUCAGAUGACUGGACCACGGAUAAAUGCGAGCUGAUAAGGAGUACGACAUAUGCUUCAUUUAUAAAACUCCACUUGGCGUUCUAUGGUGCCUCUAGCUUCAACUCGGAGAAGGGGGGACUUUCAAGGAGCUUGGGCGUCGAGAGAAACGCGGAGCAGGAAUCUGAGAUAGCAAAGAAGGACUCGCGUUAUCAGACCAGAUGA